AACAAUAUUCGAUGUUCGAAGGCGCAGACGUAGACGUAAGGAAGUCAAGAUGCUUCUGCUUCUAACUGCAAUAGGUAGUGUGGCAGUGUUAUGGCUGUUUACAAAAUGGCAACGAACGAAAAAGUAUUGGGCGGAUAGAAAUGUGCCAUAUAUACCUCCACAUCCUCUGCUCGGCAACUUAACUUUCCUGCUCAAGCAAAAUCCGGGUAUAUUUUUUCGUAAUAUUUACAAUCGGGAGCAGCCGUACCUGGGCUUAUGGUGGUUCUGGCGGCCGGUGCUGGUAAUUAAUUCGCCGGAACUCGCGCGUCGCAUCCUUAUCAAAGAUAGCGCUGUCUUCAAGGACAGAUUUUUGAAUUCGGGGAAAAAGGAUCCCAUUGGAGGACUUAACUUGUUCCUUGUAAACGAUCCGCUUUGGUCUUCAGUUAGAAAACGCGUGUCACCAUCAUUUACUGGUGCCAAACUACGUGCCAUACACAAGCACUUCGUGGACAAGUCUCGAGAACUUGUAAAACGAAUCAAAAUUGAAAUGGAGAGCAAUAAGUGUGUUAACCUAAGAAUGAUGUUCACGGACUUCACGACUGAUGUGGUCGGCUUGACGGCGUUUGGUGUGCGCGGCGACGCCACGUUGACUGGACAGAGCCCCUUGCGUGACGUUACCAGGGGCUUCAUGAAAUUCAACUAUCUCAGGGGCCUCUCUUGGGCUUGUAUUUUCUUUUUCCCGGAAUUAGUUGACGUCUUCGGCUUUUCAUUUUUCCCAAAAAGUGCAACGAAUUUCUUUACAAAACUCUUCAAGCAAGUCGUUAAGGAACGAGGUGGAUAUAACGUUUGUAUCGGACAAAAUAAAGACUUUCUCGAUGUAUUGAGAAGCAUUAAACAAGAUAGUGAUAAAAAUAAUCAAGAAAUGCCCGAAAACAUACUGAUCGCUCAAGCGGCGGCGAUGUUACAAGGAGGCUUCGACACAACGGGCUCCGCGCUGACGUUCUGCACUUACGAACUUGCACAUAGCCCACAUUACCAGGAAAUAAUCUACGACGAACUUCUUCAAAAUAAAGACAAAAUUCUAAAUGGUAACCCGGAUGCGGAAGUAUUUCAUGAAAUGAAAUACCUUAACGCCGCUUUGAAAGAAACAUUAAGAAAGUACAUGUCAAUGGGCUGGAUAGACAGAGUAGCGUCUACAGACUACCAGAUUGAUGAGAACCUCACAAUAAAAGCGGGAACCCCUGUCUACGUAAACGCCGGCGGAAUGCACUACGAUCCUGAAUAUUAUCCCGACCCAGAGAAAUUUGAUCCUGACAGAUUUUUACCUGAAAAUGAGAAAAACCUCACGCCUUUUACAUAUAUGCCUUUUGGUGAAGGUCCCAGAUUUUGUUUAGGCAAACGAUUUGGUGUACAGAACGCUACCUGCGCCCUCGCCUAUAUUAUUCUCAACUAUAAAAUCGUGGCCAAACCAAACUCACAUCUGCCCCGGGAAGUUGAAAUUGAAAAGAAAAGUUUGUUUUUCGUGCCAGGCGAAUAUCUCUAUGUCGAUUUUGUACCUCGAGAUGUCUAAAUCAAA